AUACCAGAGUCCAUCCUAACGAUCACACAGCAACUCCGAUCUAAUCUAAGCAAAUCUCCCUUCUGUCUUUCUCCCUCUCACACUCUCAGACUAAGAACAUAAACUGAAAAAAAGUAAAAAUAAAAAUAAAACCCUAAAAAACGAAGCAGCCAAAGAAAAAAAAAAACAUUUGAUGAUAAUACCUGCUAAUUCAUUUCAAGGUACUCAAAUUCAACAAUGGGAGCAAGUCGAAAGCUACAAGGUGAAAUUGAUCGCGUUCUGAAGAAGGUUCAAGAAGGCGUUGAUGUUUUUGACAGCAUUUGGAACAAGGUUUAUGAUACGGACAAUGCAAAUCAGAAAGAGAAAUUUGAGGCAGACUUGAAGAAAGAGAUUAAAAAGCUGCAGAGAUACAGGGACCAGAUCAAAACAUGGAUUCAGUCUAGUGAAAUCAAAGAUAAAAAGGUUAGUGCCUCUUACGAGCAGGCAUUGGUGGAUGCUCGUAAGCUUAUUGAGCGUGAAAUGGAGAGAUUUAAGAUUUGUGAGAAGGAAACAAAGACAAAGGCAUUUUCUAAAGAAGGGCUGGGCCAACAACCUAAAACCGACCCGAAGGAGAAGGCUAAAUCAGAGACAAGGGAUUGGCUGAACAAUGUGGUCGGGGAGUUGGAAUCUCAGAUUGAUAGCUUUGAAGCUGAGAUGGAGGGGCUAUCUGUUAAGAAAGGAAAGACAAGGCCUCCUAGGCUGAUGCAUUUAGAGACAUCUAUUUCCCGACACAAGUCUCAUAUAAUGAAGUUAGAACUGAUCUUGAGGCUGCUGGAUAAUGAUGAAUUAAGUCCUGAGCAGGUCAAUGAUGUUAAAGACUUUCUGGAUGACUACGUGGAACGUAAUCAGGAGGAUUUUGAUGAAUUCAGUGACGUUGAUGAACUUUACAGCUCAUUACCAUUAGACAAGGUGGAGUCUCUUGAAGAACUUGUCACGCCUGCUCUUGUUAAGGGUGCACCAGUUCAUAGCUUGAAGACUUCUUUGGCUUCAUCAUCAUCUCAAGUGCUUGCUACUGCCACUUCUUUGCAGCAGCCAGCUACUAAUGUUCAGGAGCAAGCCGAGGAUACAGCUUCUCAGGACAGUAAUCCUGAUAUUGUUGCAAGAACACCACCUGCCAAAAGUAGUACGAUUGGUUCAUCUGCUGCAUCAACACCAACUGUAAAUCAUUCAACUCCCAUUUCUGUUGGUCUUCCAGCUCAUACAUUGUCUGGUGCGUCAGCUUCUUCAAUACUUCCAGGUUCAAGUUCUGUUCGAGGUGCACUAGAAAAUGCUCCUGUUGCUGCUAAUCCUUCAUCUCCUGCAUCACUGGCAAAUUCUGUGAAGGAGGAAGAAAAUGCCGGUUUUCCUGUUCGUAGACCAUCACCAGCUCUUGUUGAUCCUGGACUAGCAAGAGGUAUUGGUAGAGGUGCUAUCUAUAGUCAGCCUCCAUCUAGUAUUCCUCUUAGUUCUGGUGCAGUUCCCAGCAAUGGAGCUGUUGGUGCAGUACCUACAGCAUCUGACAUUGCAAAAAGAAAUAUUUUAUCAACAGAUGAUAGACUUGGGAGUGGUGGAAUGGUGCAGCCUUUGGCUUCUCCAUUAAGUAAUCGUAUGAUCUUGCCCCAGGCCGGCAAGGUUGGUGAUGGAACUGGUAUAGUUGAUUCUAAUAAUGUUGGUGAAGCUGCCGCAAUAGGUGGAAGAGUCUUUUCCCCUUUGGUCCCUGGCAUGCAGUGGAGACCUGGAAGCUCCUUCCAAAAUCAGAAUGAACAGGGACAAUUUCGUGCAAGAACUGAAAUAACACCUGAUCAAAGGGAGAAAUUUUUGCAACGGUUUCAGCAAGUUCAGCAACAGGGUCCCAACACUCUUCUUGGUAUGCCACCACUUGCUGGUGGAAAUCAUAAACAGUUCUCUGCCCAGCAAAACUCACUUUUGCAGCAGUUUAAUUCUCAAAGCUCAUCUGUCUCUCAAGCUACUCUGGGACUCGGAAGUCAGGCGCCAGGUAUCAAUGCUAUCACGUCUGCUGCUCUACAGCCGCCAAAUACUCUCCUCCAACAGUCUACUCAACAAGUUGUGAUGUCGAAAGAUGCUGAUAUUGGCCUCUCGAAAGUUGAGGAGCAACAGCAGCCUCAGAAUUUACCGGAUGAUUCAAUUGCUGAAUCAGCUCCCAUGUCUGGGCUGAGUAAAAAUCUUAUGAAUGAAGAUGAAUUGAAAACUCCAUACACAAUGGAUACUCCUACAGGAGCAUCUGGCACUUUGGCAGAGCCUGUGCAAUUGCCCAGAGAUACUGAUCUCUCUCCUGGGCAGCCCAUACAAUCCAGUCAACCUUCAACUGGCCUUGGUGUUAUUGGCCGGAGAAGUGUCUCUGACCUUGGUGCCAUUGGUGAUAAUCUUGGUGGAUCUGCUGUGAAUUCUGGGGCUAUGCAUGAUCAGUUGUACAAUUUGCAGAUGCUUGAGGCAGCAUAUCACAGACUUCCACAGCCGAAAGACUCAGAACGCGCCAGGAGCUACACUCCAAGGCACCCUACAGCCACCCCGCCAAGCUAUCCUCAAGUUCAGGCACCUAUUGUAAAUAAUCCUGCAUUCUGGGAACGAUUAACCAUCGAUAGUUACGGCACUGAUACUUUAUUCUUUGCAUUCUACUAUCAACAGAAUACCCAUCAGCAAUAUCUGGCUGCAAAAGAGCUAAAGAAACAAUCCUGGAGAUAUCACAGAAAAUACAACACCUGGUUUCAACGACAUGAGGAGCCUAAAAUUGCAACUGAUGAAUAUGAACAGGGAACUUAUGUGUACUUUGAUUUUCACAUUGCCAAUGAUGACCUCCAACAUGGAUGGUGCCAGAGGAUCAAGACUGAGUUCACCUUUGAGUAUAACUAUCUUGAAGAUGAACUACUUGUUUAGAAGAUGUGCAGCAUUAUGCCAAAUUAAUUACUGGUUUGUGCCAUGACAAUUAUGCUUGUGAUUUUUGCAAUUCAGUUCUUAAUUGGAUCUACUAGCACUAUCGUGUAAAUUCUGAUUUGUUAUUUAGAGCUGCUGGUAUGUGUUUGAGGUAUUUGUGCUACAAAAUGAACAAAAAACUGACAAGCUUCUUAGAAUUAUAGUUCCCCUCCAUUAAUUAUGAUAAACCUUCUCAUCAA